AAACAUAUCUUAUUUUACGUAGAAAAAAAUAAUUUAUUAUUGGUUCAUUUAAAUAAAAUACAUAUCAUUAUAUUAUCAAUUAGAUAUUUAGUUUAUUUAAGAUAAAUACAGUUUUUUUUGAAUUGUGCAUAUACCAAAUGUUCAUACUUUGUGUUUUUGAAAUAUUGAUCGUACAAUGAAAAAAAUUUGUGCUAGAAAUAUAGCUUAACUUCAAAAAAUAAGAUAUUGAAAUAAAUCGUGAAAUAUUAUUAACAUAUAUCAUUUUAUAUAAAAAAAUAGAUCAUUAUUUUUUAUAGAAAAAUCAUUUAUUAAAAGGAAGAUGAAUGAUUGGCAUUGUUGAUCAAUCUAUCAUUUGGUUUUUGUUCCAAAGAAUCGUUUCUGCCUCAUUUUAGUGAAAUGUGUAAUUGGAAUGAUUUUGGAACAGUGAAUAAUCAAAUUAUUGGUUAUUGGCUUAGAUCUUGAUAAAUAUAAAUGUAAAUAAAAUGGUUUUCUUUUAUUUGUAUCAUGGAAAAUAAACUUUUUUGAGUUUGGAUAUGGUAACUAUGAAUUCUGAACAAUCGGCAUGUCGCCGAAAACAAAGUGAAAAUAGUAAUAUUGAAGGAACAGUUGAUCGAUAUAGAAAUAGAGAUAAUCAAAUAAAUCAAUGUAAUAAUCAAAAUGGCCAAGCAGUUGACAAAUCUCCAAUUAGUCCCACAUAUCACAUCACUGCCUCGUGUGCCGAAGAUACACCUAAUUAUCUUGUGUAUCAAAAAAUGGAAGCUAUUGUAGAAAAAAUGUCAGAUGAAAGUACAGGUGUUCCAGUAAAAACAGUAAAAAAUUUUAUGACAAAAACACCUUCUGUUUUUACUGGUACAGAUUUAAUAUCAUGGAUGAUGAAAACCAUGGCUAUAGAUGAUCAAGAGGCACUUCAUGUGGCACAUCUUAUGGCAUCUCAUGGAUAUUUCUUCCCUAUUGAUGACCACUGCCUUACCGUAAAAAAUGAUAAUACUUUCUAUAGAUUUCAAACACCAUAUUUUUGGCCAUCAAAUUGUUGGGAACCAGAAAAUACUGAUUAUGCUGUUUACUUAUGUAAACGCACAAUGCAAAACAAAACACGUUUAGAAUUAGCAGAUUAUGAGGCUGAAAAUUUAGCUAAAUUACAAAAAAUGUUUUCAAGAAAAUGGGAGUUUAUUUUUAUGCAAGCAGAAGCACAAAGCAAAGUUGAUAAAAAACGAGAUAAAUUAGAAAGAAAGGUAUUAGAUAGUCAAGAAAGAGCUUUUUGGGAUGUAUAUAGACCAAUGCCUGGAUGCGUUAAUACGACAGAAAUGGAUAUUAAAAAAGCAUGUCGUACUUAUAAACCUUUUCCAAAGUUAAGUAAACAUUUACAGUUAGAAAUGGCUAAUACUGAUAUUCCUUCUCAUUCAGAAUCAUAUACAGUAUCUUCAUUAGAAACAUUAAAUAAAGAGAUUGAAAUGUUAAAAGCUAGAUUAGAUAGAUCAAAUAUAAAAGUUUCAAAAGUUUCAGAGGCUCUGAUUGCAUAUUUUGAGCAGUAUAUAGAGUAUGAUCCUUUUUUCAUACAACCUGAAUUCACAAAUCCAUGGAUAUCAGAUAAUUCUGAAAUGUGGGAGCAAGAAAAAUUAGCUAAGGAAAUAUCAACAAGAAGAGUAAAAAGAUGGGGUUUUAGUCUUCAAGAAUUGUUACAAGAUCCUAUUGGUAGAGAACAAUUUAUACGUUUUCUGGACAAAGAAUUUAGUAGUGAAAAUCUAAAAUUUUGGGAAGCCGUACAAGAAUUGAAAACAUUACCUCAAAAAGAAGUUAAAAAUAAAGUGAACGAGAUUUGGAAUGAAUAUUUGGGUCCAGAUGCUAGUUGUCCAAUUAACGUUGAUUCUCAGUCUUAUGAGAUAACAAAGAAGCAUUUACAGAAACCUGAUCGAUGGUGUUUCGACAUUACAGCGGCGCACGUUUAUCAUCUGAUGAAAAGCGAUAGUUACUCAAGGUAUCUUCGAUCGGAAAUGUAUAAGGAUUUUCUCAGUGGCUCGAAGAAAAAGGUCAAUAUAUCAUUUAUGAAUUAUAUUUUGACAUAUUAAACUAUAUAAAUAGCACGUAACAUUUACAUAAUUAUUAAUAUAAUUACAAUUAUUAUAAUUGUCAUUGCUAUUAUUACUAUUAUUCUAUUAUUCCUAACAUCAUUAUUUUCAUUUAUAGAAAUAAGUAUGAAUAUAUUGUCAUCUUUACGAUUGCUAGUGAUUAUAUUGUUAUUAAUAUUAUUAGCAUUAUUAACAUCUUUAUUGUUUUUGUUUUUAUUCUUAUCAUUAUUACAAUCGUCGUCGUUGUCAUCAUUUUCA